GAGGGGAAGAACCCUAAACCCUAAAUGUGGGUGGGAGCAUUCUUCAUCGUCUUUCUCGCCGCGGUCGCUGGAUCAUCUUGCGGCGCUGCUCGAUUGUACCGCUUCCCACUGUCGAACAGGGUUGCGAUCCAGGACUGGAGGCCAUUCAAUGUCGCUCAUCGCGGAUCAAAUGGGGAAAUUCCAGAGGAAACGGCACUGGCGUAUAAGAGAGCAAUCGAGGAAGGAGCCGAUUUUAUAGAAGCGGAUAUCACAGCUACAAAGGAUUGCGUUCUUAUUUGCUUCCACGAUCCAAUUCUCGAUGAUGUCACGGACAUUGCUGCGCAUCCGGAAUUUAGAGGGCGAAGAGCUACGUACGAAUUCGAGGGACAAAAUCUCACAGGCUUCUUUGUUGGUAUGUUCAUUCCUCUGUAUCUCAUCAUCUCCCUUCUUUGUAUAGUGGACUUUACAUUUGAAGAGCUUCAAAGACUAAGACUUCGCCAGCGGUAUAGCUUUCGGGAUCCUUCAUUCAACGGAAAGCUUCAAAUCAUCACAUUCGAACGUUUUAUCUCAAUCGCCUUGGAGGCGUCUCGCACAGUUGGAAUCUAUCCGGAAAUCAAGAGUCCGGUCUUCAUGAACAAACAUGUACAGUGGCCUCAAGGCAAGAGAGUGGAAGAUUCAUUCAUGGAAAUCCUACAGAAGUAUGGCUACAAAGGAAAAUAUAAGUCGGACGAGUGGAACAAGCAGCCAAUCUUUAUACAAAGCUUUGCUCCAACGUCGCUUAUGUACAUCUCGAACAUCACAGACUCUCCAAAGAUCUUUCUGAUCGACGAUUACACGGUUCGUACGCAAGACACAAACCAGAGUUAUGCAGAGAUAACAUCAAACAGAUACUUGGAUUUCAUCAGCAACUAUGUUGUUGGCAUUGGACCCUGGAAGGAUACGAUAGUGCCUCCAAACAUCACCACUGGUUAUUUGAUGAACGCGACGCACCUGGUUUCAAGAGCUCACUCUCGGCAUCUCCAGGUUCAUCCCUACACGUUUAGGAACGAGAACCAGUUCUUACAUUUUGAUUUUCAUGAGGAUCCAUACGAGGAAUUCGAAUACUGGAUCAAGACUGUUAAAGUCGAUGGACUCUUCACGGAUUUUCCAGGGAGCUUGCACAGGUAUCAGGAGUGGAACUCCAAAGAGUAGUGAAAAACAGUGGCAGUAACGUUUUAAUAUUCACAUUUCCUUGCCAAUUUUGGUGAAGAA